AUGUUCAUUUUUGAAGUUGCAGCUAAACGUGAGGUCUCAUGGCUGAGAAACAGUAGACUCAAAUGGAACACAUUCAAACGAUGGAUCGGCGUAGACCGCCAUCGUGAUCCAAAAUCCACUGGCAAAGCAUCCAAUGUGUCUUCUGUGAGUGCACGAGUAAUUGAAUGUGAGGAUGAAGCUCCAAUGGAUGUCAAGAUGUUUAUCCCAUAUGAUUCUGCCAAGCUGUGCAUAACCCAAAUGACAGAUGAUAUGAUGGCAAUGAAGAACAGUCAUCGGGAGACGCUUCAUGAACUGGAGGAGAAUUUUCUAAUUGCAUCAAGGGAGAACCAGGAAAGAACGGUUCUUAAAAUUAGGACGUAUUACCAAAAUAAGCUUAACACCCUGAAGAGGAUACUGGAUAUUUACCAGGAUAAGGUGACCAGAAAAAAUGCACACUGGGAAGAGAAGGUCAGGAGUCUGGAGAAUCUGAAUGACCAACUUCAGGAACAACACAAAAAGCUUCAGGAGGGGAACCAAGCAGAUUUAGCAACAUGGGACAGAGAGAAGAACAAGAUGAUGGAAUUGUUCUCCUCCCGAUUGGACCUCCUUAACAACCACCAGGCAUCAACAUUGCAGGAGCUGCAGUUGGCCAGGGCAGAGAUGGGAAAGGUCCAGGAGAUGCUGGAGGCCUCUCAGGAGAAGAAAGAACCAGAACAAACCUCUGAAGGAAAGGACUGCGGUGACUCAGAUGUACCACUAGAUGGCGCACAAGCUCGUCUGGAGGUUCUGAAGGAUAACUUGUUGAUGAGAGAGAGAGAGAUCUCAAUGCUCAUGGAAGGAGGAGAAAGGGUGACAGAUCUUGAACAAUCAGCAUACGCUCGCCUUCUCAGUGCUGUUAUACAACAGUCUCAUCAUGUUUAUGCUGAGUUAGUAGAAGCUAAGCAGCAGUUUGACCAAAUGGCAGUGGACAAUCGAAAAACUAUGACAGAGAUUAAAGAAAGUCUAGAACAAACCAUAGAAGAGUCCAACCAGAAGACUGAUGAGGAACAAGAUCAUACAAAGCAGAAAAUAGCCAAAGGAGGAGGAUGGAUCACAGGCCGACUUACUCCAUCAUGAAGUCAUACAAGUGGCUUUGGAGUGCAUCAGAGCAGGAGCUAUACCCACCGUGAUUGAGUCUGACACAAAUGAGGCUUGUGCAGCAGAGCUGGAUGAAAGAGUCAAAAAGUUUGAGGAGAAUGUUCGACAAAAUGGAUUCCUAAAUGCUGAAAAUGAGAAGAGUUUAGGGCAGCAGC